ACAACGCUAUGGCGAUACUAAACACUAUCUUGGAUGCGGGCAUCGCGGUCCGUCCCGCGACAAUUGCUGCAGUCAUCCUUGGCGCGAUCCUGACCCACCUACUAGUUCUCAUCGUCUACAACCUCUUCUUCCAUCCACUACGCGCUGUCCCGGGCCCUCUGCUAUCCCGAGCAACACCAUGGCCUUGGGCACUCCGCCAGUCUUUCGGUGUCCAAGCGUUCUAUACACACCGUCAGCACGCGAAGUACGGGCCUGUGGUACGCAUCGGACCAAACCACCUCACCUUCACCGACCCUAGAGCAUGGAAGGACAUCUAUGGCCACCGUACUGGGGGUGAGAAAGAUGGCCACCAGCUGGAGAUGUCCAAGUCGAGCGCCACCGCACACCCGAUCAGUGCCCUCCCCACCACAAUCAUAAACUCGGACAAGGAGGAACACCAGCGCCUAAGAAGGGCACUGAGCCACGGCUUCAGCGAUGCUGCCAUCCGAUCGCAGGAGCCGCUCAUUAUGAAACACGUCGGUAAGAUGAUUAGCGGCCUAAAAGAUCGCUGCCAAGAGGGGAAGCCGCUGAACAUGGAGGCCUGGUACAACUGGACUACCUUUGAUGUCGUCGGUGAACUGGUCUUUGGUCUUUCCUUCGGCUGCCUCGACAAGUUCGAGUACAAUCCCUGGGUCCACUCCAUGCUGGAAGCCAUCAAAUAUGGUGCAUCCAUGUCGGCGAUGGUCUACGUGGGCAGUAGUGCUCUUGUAAACCUGUUCUUCCGCUUUGUUGGCAGCAAGCACUUGAAACAGCUCAACAAGUACACGAACGAUAUGGUCGUUUCGAGACUGAAUUUGAAUCAGGAGAGGAAUGACCUUUUUGAAGGGAUGGUCAAAAAGCAAGCCGAAUGGAAAAUGUCAUUUGAGAAGCUCUCGGCCAAUGCUGAGAUCCUUGUGCUUGCCGGUAGCGAGACUACAGCAACACUGCUCUCAGGUUGCACCUACUUGUUGCUCACGAACCCAGACAAGAUGGAGAAGCUGAAGCACGAGGUCCGAUCGUCAUUUCGGAGCGAGCACGAGAUCACAGCAAGUUCAGUGAACAACCUGACGUACAUGCUUGCCAAUCUCAAUGAGGCACUGAGGCUAUACCCACCGGUAACGUCUAGCCUGAUCCGGGUGGUACCGAAAGGCGGUGACAGGAUUGCAGAUCUAUGGGUCCCGGAAGGUACCAUGGUCGAGUGCCAGCACUGGUCCAUGAACCACAGCGCGGAAAAUUGGGCAGACCCGUGGGAGUUCAAGCCUGAAAGAUUCCUGGAGGAUGUGCCAGGAAAUAAAAUGGAAGCCCUGCAAGCCUUCAGUGUGGGACCUCGUAAUUGCAUCGGCCGCAACCUGGCCUAUGUCGAGAUGCGCAUUAUCUUAGCACGUCUGAUUUAUAACUUCGACCUUCGACUUUCUGAAGACAGUCAGAGAUGGAUCGAAAGACAGAGGAGUUAUGCAUUAUGGUCGAGGAUACCAUUGUACUGCUAUCUCACGCGCGUCAGCGAGAACCCACGAGAAACGCCCCUCCCGACUGUCAGCGAGUGAAAAAAAAAUAUGGCCUUCUAGCCUACUCCACGACUACAAUCACAGGAUUCAACCAAGGAUAUCAACAUGUUUCCAUCUCGUUCACUGCGAGUAUCAACGGUGCCCCAAGGGUGAGAUGCCCCGAAGUGCCCCCGUAUCUGCUUUCCAUAACGAUUCGGACGCUGGGUAAAGCAUCUCCUCGGGUAAGAGAUCGGGAUACUGGGGAUUGUCCA